AGGCAGCGCUCGGGACAAUAGGGGCACUGUUUGCGGCGGAUGGACACACAGCCGGCACCGCGGCAGCUGUCGAACUGAGUGAGGCGGCUGUGAGGAGUCGUGCGGCCCCCGGGGGGGACGGAGCAGGAUCUAAAUAAGGAAUAGUGAAACCUGACAAGCACAUGGAGAGGCCUUGCUGUCAUAUGUCAUCAUACUGGAGUGUACUGCGUGUCACCAUGUGAUUCUCCAAUAGAUGGAUUGAAUACAGACGCUGUCAAACUGAGACUCAGGAUAUAAACAUAGAGCAGUUCCUCUUCCAUGGUUGUGCAGUUUGAAACAUCAUUGCAACUAGAAUACUGAACUUUGAAGCAAAAGGAAUCAUGGCAAGCAGAGGAGCUUCUAGACCAAAUGGUCCUGGCCAGACAAAAAUCUGUCAAUUCAAGCUGGUUCUAUUAGGAGAUAUGGCGGUGGGAAAAUCAAGUUUAGUCCUGCGUUUUGUCAAAGGCCAGUUUGAUGAAUUCCAAGAGACAACAAUUGGUGCUGCUUUUCUUGCUCAGUCAGUCUGUCUGGAUGACACAACAGUGAAAUUUGAGAUUUGGGAUACUGCUGGUCAGGAGCGUUACCACAGUUUAGCACCAAUGUAUUACAGGGGAGCCCAAGCUGCCAUAGUGGUCUUUGAUAUCACAAAACAGGAAACAUUUGAUCGAGCAAAAGCGUGGGUAAAAGAAUUGCAGAGACAGGCCAGUCCUAAUAUAGUGAUCGCCUUGGCUGGCAACAAAGCUGACCUGGCAGAUAAAAGAAUGGUGGAGUAUGAGGAAGCACAAGCAUAUGCCGAAGAUUGUGGUCUGCUGUUCAUGGAAACAUCAGCUAAGACAGCUAUGAAUGUCAAUGACAUAUUUCUUGCAAUAGCAAAGAAAAUGCCAAAGAACGAUCCGCAAAAUCCAGCAACUGCUGCCAGAAAUCGAGGCGUAAAUCUUCAGGAAACAAACCAGCAGAGUCAAAGGGGUUGCUGUGGCAAUUAACAGUAUUUGGACCUCGAACAAAUGAACAAUAGAAAAUAUGGAUAUUGGAGAUUUUCUUUCCUUUUUAUAUUAUUAGCACACUUUACUGUGCUAAUUUCUUUUAUUCUCUUCCAUUUUGGACUACUGCAUGAGUCAUUCUUCUCAUGGUUGAUUACAGGUCUCUUCUGCUUUUACCUGGUACCUGUAGAAAGCAAAUGAUGUAAAUAGCGUGUCAAAUCAUUAUGUAAAGGUUAGUUAUCCCUUUUCACCAGAUUCAAUGAAGGCCUUCUCUGCAAAUCACAUUUUGUUGAGGAAAGAUAUUCUCCCACUCUUCCUUGCUCUUAUACUCAAUCCACUAUAAUUUCUUCCUAGUAACUAAUUUGAUUACAAUUUCAUGUACAAUAAGUCUAAUUUGGAAGUAUUCUGAAAUGCGAUACACAAAAUCUCUCUGAAUGCAUUUUUUCAUAACUUCCACACAAGGUUAGCUUGGGGUAGGGAAGGUAUUUUUAAAAUGUAAUAUAAUACAGUUUUGAAAAAGCUUUCAACAAUUGCUUAUGUGAACCUUUCAGAACAACAGUGUGCUGGCUCUGAUUACUUGGGCACAAUAUUUAGAAGCUCAGCACUGCUUUUUGCUGUUGUAGUUUGAAACCCCAGUAAAGUCUUACCCAUAAUAACAAACAACUAAAUCCUGUUAACAAAUGAAAAUUGCUUAGAGCAAGGCUUGUUUAAAGUGCAGGUGGCAGUGCCCUUCUUCAUUUAUCUUCCAUAUAUCAUGGCCAAGUCGAAGAAAGCUGUUGGGAUAAACUGUUACAAUUGCCGGUUUAUUUUGUGCUCCUGAUGACGUUUUGCUUCUCACAUAUAGACCAUAGUCAUGUAUAUAUUUCUUCCUACACAUCAGUAGGAGAGAUAAUGCUGUACUGAUGGUGUGUUUUGUAUGUCUGUUCUCAGUGUAGUAUAUUGAGUGUAUAUUAGAUAUUCUUGUACAGCGUAAGGGGGGGAAGAAUGUUACAUCCAAAUCUGUAUUAGUUGCAGGAUGUCUUCUUUUUAACGAACUCUUGUGACAGAUUAUAAGUGGGGUGUAAAUUUGUUAAAGUUGACAGUCUGAAAUGAUCCCUUUCUUUUGGUCAGAUUUUAAGGUGUAUGUAAAUUUGUCCUAAAAGUCUUGCUUUUCCGAAGCCCAUGUGAAAAAAAAAGCUCUUGAUGCUUUAGUUCAGAGUAAGUUGUUGGUGUCAAAUCUCUCUCCAUAUCUUAUUGCUUCAAUGUUGAAGUUUGCAUCAGCUACCUGAGAAAAGGAGACAAAAAAUUUACUCGGAAGUGCAGUAAUGUUGAUGCUCUUUUAUUAACCGAAUCGAUUGACAUGGAGAGCAGGGACCACUCUAGGUGGCUUUAAUUGCAAUGGAACAUUGUACCAUUUAUGAACUUAUUAGUGUUGCAUUAAGCCACUUGGCUUAAAAUUACCGUUUUUUGAUCCAUUUUUCAAAACACCAAGACAAAUGUACAUUGUUGGAAGGCAUGAAAAAUUUUACUAUAUGAAUGAAUGUUGGGAUUUCAUUUUAACCAGUUAUUCUAAAAUGGCAAGGAUUGCUAACAAGAGACAGAUAAUAUUUUGGGGUCUUGACUUGUUUGGCGAAAAAAGGUAAGCAUUGGUUAUAAUUUGACAUUACUACCUAUUGUCAACCCACAUUCACAAGGAUUUAGUGCAAUUAAAUAGGAAAUUAUUGAAGCUGUAUCACUGACUUUUGACAUUUUUCUUGCAGAUAAUCUCUGUUCCAUUGCUCUAACCAUACUAUUGCACCUUCUAGGUCCAUCAGAAUGUGGUGUACUAAUUUUUUUUAUAGCAUUGGGGUUGCCUCAGAGUUAGACCAUGUUUAUUAACUUUUGCAGGUGUCAGUAGUCUUAUUUAUUAGAAGCAUGAGAAGAAGAUUGUUCAGUGACUUAAGACUUCUGCAUCAGUUUGAUCAUGGAGCCUGAUCUGUAUUUCAAAUUCGUUUGUCUGUUUUUGCUCCAUAUGCCUUAAUACCCUUGUAUAAUAAAAGUAAUUUAGUUUCUUUCUUGAAAACUUUAAUCAUCCCUGAAUCCAAAAGUGUUUAGGAGAGAAAAUUCCAGAAUUCGGCUGUGUUUUAUAUAAAAGCAGUGUUUGUUGAUUUUUGCCCUUUGGAUCAUUCUUGAUUACACUAGGGCCAAUACUUUCUCUUAACCUUCCCUUAAAUACUGUGAUUAAUUCAUCUUUCAAUCCUCUAUUCUUAAUGAAAAUUUUAAUGGCUCCAGUAAUUUAGUAAAAUUGAGGACUUGUUAAUGCCUUUCGUAAUUGGAUAACAGAACAGGAGAACCAGGCCUUGCCCUGUUUAGCAAUUAGUGUGCAAAGUAUCUCAAAGACUAGGCUGUUGAAGAACCCCUUUAGAACAGGGUGAAUUCAUGGAGCACCAGAUCAGGAUAAGAUAGAGAUUGGGUUAUUGCAGUCAGUGAUUAACCCCUCAAUUCAAUUUUCACUUUCAUAUAAUGGGGCUGUGCACUUAGUUGACUUGCCUUUUUAUUCCUACCUUUUGGAACUGCAGGAGUGUCUGCAGUACUCUCUGCAUGCUUCCCACCUCGCCCACACCCCAAAGCAUCCUUCCUCAAAAUUGAUUAAUUUGCCUUAUUUUAUGCAUAGAAUGUGAAAGAUGAACACAGAGGUGUAAUGCAUCUGAAAUUGAGUUAUGUGCCUUUCUGAAUCAAAUCAAAGCAUACAUACAUCUGUUUUGUUUCUAUAAAUGUGUUUUACUUUGUAAGGUAGAUUGUUACAAAUUUGCAGUCCUGGAGUUGUAUUUCUUCCUGGAAGUGCGUAUUAGGAUUUCUGGCAAAGAAUUCAACAAAUCUGUAGUGCUUUUUCAUCAAUAGUUGAAAAUUCAUUUUGGGUCAUGCUGAUUUCCAUGCCAAAUUUCCAUAUUGUGGUCUUGAUGGGUUAAGCUUUAUACCAGAGUGCAGAUUUGAUCAAAUCUAAUUGCUUAUGUGUAUAAUUAAUUUCAUCAGUUAGCUAUUAAAUAAAUAAUGCAAAUGUUUUACCAUGUUAGAGGCUGGUUCAAGGAGAUACAGUUAACUUAAUGUGACCCGGAAAGCAAGGUUCCUUCCACAUUGAGUACCAGGACGGAAAGCUUUGCACAACACUUUUUUUUUCUUCCAUAAAGAAGAAUGUCAGAAAAAUGAGAUGCUGACUUAGGGGGAGAAACGAAGGAGGCAAGACCUGACUAACAUUUAAUAUGAGGGUGUACUUGUCAAGUUUGAAAAGUGUUGUUACAGUAAGUUUAAAUUGUGUUUAAUGGAAAACUGAACCUUUAGAAUGUGAGUUUUUUUUAUUUAAUGUUACUGUUUUCUUAUCUUGCUGGCAGAUAUGUUUUUCCAACUGAAAGGGUGACAGACAUCCCCUCAGUUCUCUAGGGCCUCACUUCUCUGUAGCACAUUGGAGUUUCAGUAUACUGCAAUAUCAGACACAGUGCUUUUGUUAAUGUAUUUUCACACCUGUGUAAAGCUUUUAUUAUGGUGCUGUUGAUGCAUUCUGCUUUUUUCUUCAAAAGUUCAGUAUGUAAUACCUCUUAAACAAUGGUAACAUUUAUGUUCAAUUGUUUGCAUUAAUGAUAUUUCAACUUUCUUUGCAAUAGCAAAAUCAUUUUAAAAAUAGAUCUUUAUUAUUUAAGAGAUUAUACGUGAUGGUGACUAGUUUAUGAAAUUUUUGAGAAUAGUGUAUAGUCUAAUUUCUAUUUCCAAAUUUGUGCACGAGAAAAGCACUGUCGAAUCAGAUUAUACUAAACCAGAUACUAUUCAUUUAAAAAAACCCUGAAGAGUAACAUUUGUUUGUUACUCGAAAUGCAGUAAUUUUAAAACUAGAAACCUUAUUCUUUGUAAGUUGCAGUAAAACCAAACAACAGCUUAAAUUCAGCUAAUGAAAACAAUGCUUCAGAAAUUUAUUUUGCAGAAUUGCCUGCUACCUAGACUUGACCAAUCUAUUUAAAAGUACCUUCCUUGGUCUGUGGUGUGGUCUGAACUCAGCUAUGACCAUGAUUGGGCAAUCUUUGAGCCUGGGCACUCCAUUGCUUGGGAGUAUUAAGAUUCCUAACUAAUGCUGAGAAGAGUGCAUAUUUGGAUGUAGGGUCAGAUGUUGGGCUCUGUUGUAGUGCACUGCUUGAUCAAAUAGUAAAAUAGCAGAGUAUAUUUUCUGUUUUCAUUGAAAUGAACCGAGCAUCAGCAAAGAAGACAUCAAAUUGAGAAAAAGGAAGUAUUUUCCCUUGCCCUGUUUUAAGACGAGGCAGAAUUAGUUUGGAAAAUGGUUGUUCCCUUUUUGUUUCUUCCAUGGAGGGAGGACAGAAAUGUUAGAACUGUUAUUGUCUGUUCUGGUGAAAGCUGGUGCUGCAACUUGAGUACAGCUUGAAAAUAAGCACUAUACAGAAUACACACUAAUAUUCUUUGGAUCAGUAGAGUGGAUAUAACUUUGUAAAGAUGUUUAUAGUUGUCUUAUUUUAUUGCAAUAAAUGCAGAUAAGCAAAA